UUAGCAAGUUACAGUGUACUUUUUGCUUUUGUGUAAACUAUUAUUUUUGUUAAUUUUAUUGUUGAACAAUGUUCGGAAGACCGAGAUGUAGGGAGUGGACUCCACUUUCUACACAACAGCUACGCUUAAGAAGCCUAAUUCAGAUCGUCGGCUACAAUAUACGACCACCUGAAUCUUACCCGGUCCAGUGCAGUUUCUACUUAACCCUGCAUCACACCACCAUGUCUGCCCCGUUUUACACCAGCGAGAGGAUAUGCUCGCCGCAUCCGAAAUGGAAAGAGAUCGACUCUGAAAUAACUCAUAAUAUGUCAUCAACGAACGUUGUUAUAAGGAUAUGGUGUCACACAUUACACCCCACGGAGAGUUGUAAUAACACACAAGAUACGGUUAUACAGACUUGGGGGGUUUAUUUUAGCGGCCUCCGAUAUAUAGGGGCGAAUUUAGCCUCGAAUUUCACGUCCGACUGCUUCAAAUGCAACACGCUGGUGUUUCAAAUGCACGGUGGUCAUUUUUGCUCGUACAAAAGUCUCAAGUUAGACGUUAUCCCCCCGGAGAAUGAAUUGGAUCAGGGGUCGCUGUCAUCGGAUUCGUCGGGACGAACGAAUCUAUCGAGAACUACUUUAGAAUCGAGAUUGGUUUCGGAUUCUAAAUUACUCCAUGCGAGAUCUAUAUCGCCCGGUAAACGCGGCAGGAAACCGGAUAAAGAGUACUCGAAAAGCCACAGUCCAAUAGAAAAGACGUUUCAUCAGAACUUUCCAACAAUACGACCGUCGGCCAGUUUGAUUAUCACCCAAAAUAGAUUAAGGGAUAAUAAUGUUGAAAUAGGUAGACGUAAAGAGAAUCCGAGUAAUAUUUAUGAGUAUUCACCUGAUUACAUGGACGUUAAAGAAUUCACAGAGGACCGAUACAACAGUUACUCCAAGGAAACGUCCCACGAAGACUUGUCGCAGAGUAAAAUCGAUUGCAGCGAAACCGCCGAGAAUUACGACCUGCGAAACGAAUUGGACGGCAUCCCGAAAAUCCGAUACAUGACCAUGAAUUUCUUGAAAUCGGAGAUCAGGCCGAGCUACAACGCGACGAAGCUGCAGAAGCUGCAUCUGUUGCAGUAUUCGAUAAAGAAGAAGCAAGAGGCGGUCGAAGAGAUCAAGGAGAGGAUCUACAAGAAGUCCGCCCUGACCGACGGCCGGUCCCCGUCUGACGAGAAAGAGUUCUUGUUGCGCGGCAAGAGUAGAUCGCAAAGAAAUCUGUUUAGUCCGGACGAUAAUAGUUUGAAUAGAGAAAAAUCGGCGUCACAAAGCGAUUUGAAUGUUAAAAAUGGUAGGAUCAAAGAAGAAAGGCCGCUGUCAAACGGACCUAGACUUACUUUGAAACUGAACGAUCUCCUAUCUUAUAAGACAAAGCCAUCUCCAUUUCAAAGGGCCGAACACGUGAGACUGACGAAACAAAUAGAGAUAUUAAGAUUUAAACGUAUAAUACUAUCAGACGAAAGAGACAGCAAGCUAGCGAACAUAAGGAGACUGAAAGAGAGGCACGCUAAAUUGUCCGAGGCGAAUCAGGAUGUUGGUUCGGAAUUAAUGGAGAACUAUCACACGUUAUCGCGACGCACGGAUUCGCUCAAGGAGACGAGACAGAACUGCGGGGCUCUGCGGGAGCUGGCCGGUCGCUCGCACUCGGCCUUGAGGAACAGGCGAUGCGAGCUGUUGCUGAUGCUGCACCACAUAUUCUACGUCGAAGAGAGAGGCCCAUCGAAAUGGUCAAUAGUAAACGUUCCGUUGCCCAUAUGCGGGGACGAGAGCACCCGAGCGACCCCCGUGAGCGACUCCGUGGCGGCGGGGUUCGUAGCGCAGGCCACGUGUCUGGCCGCCUCCCUGCUCAACCAGCCCCUGCGCUACAAGAUAACCCUCCUCGGAUCCGCCAGCAAGAUACUGGACGAAACACCCGAUCUCCCAGAUCCAAACAUCCCGCUGUUCGCUCGUGGCGGCGACACCACGCUGUUCCGGUACGCGCUAUUCCUGCUCAACAAGUGCAUAGCCCAGCUGAUGUGGGGUCGAGGGCUGCCCGUCACGGACAUAGGACCGACCCUAGCGAACCUGCAGAGGCUCUUGAUAACACCAUGUAAUAUGUCUGAGUCGUCGAAGCUGUUUGGUAGUAACCGUUGGCUGUCGGACGGUGACUGUCCGCGCGCCCAAUCCUUACGCAGUAUGGUCGCGUCCGACCGAGGGAAGUACAGGCCGUUUAAUAGGUUCAAGGAUUCAUUGGAUGGUCACUCGCCACAUUCCGCCACGACCCUCCGGAGACAUCGCCACUCGAAGAGCGUCGGUAGCUAUCGCGACGACCAAGAAACACCGACGUUCGAUCAGUCCACUACAUCGAUAAUGGGAAGCGAAUCGAACAUUUACAACAUGAAGCUGUCCCAGGGCAACUCUGAGGCGGCGUCGACUCUCAAAACUCACAGCUCCGAUUCCGCCAUUCCGACGCUGACGGACGACGCUGUCAACGUCAAUGCCGAUGCAGCUGUCAAUGUCACUGCGGACGGAGCUGUCAAUGUCAGUUUCAUUAUAGGCGACGGCGAGAAGCUGGUCAGGCUCACGAGUAACAACGGUGACGUGGAACUGAGUGAUAAUGUAAAGAAAAUAUGCAACGAAAUUAAUGAUUUUUGCUCGUCAAAAGCCAUUGACAUAGCACAGUACAUGGAGAGGCGCGCCAGUGACAUAGAGGACCUGGAUUGUAGUGAUUGCGUUAGGAAUGAAAACGGCGAAUGUGAUAUAGUCUGUGCGAACAAUGUUAGGGACGUGAUCGUCAUACCCAGCGCUGAGGCCAUCUUGGACACGGGGCAGAGCUGUCAAAGUGACAGGCACAACGAUUGACAGAUUGACAGCCCGCGUCUAAUAGUUUGAAUGUAUACGAUUGGACAGUUUUUUUUUGUUGUUUAGCCAAAUGUGUUGUUGUUGAUGAAUGCAAAAUAAAAAAAAGGUUUGAAUUGUUUUUUUUUUUAUAAUUUAAGUCGUAUAAUAUCGGCUUUGUAACUAAAUUUAUGUUUGUGCGGGUUGUUAAGGUUACUUAACUGACUUAAACAUCGUCGCUUAUUACGAAGAUAAUUUGAAGAGGUUAUGUCGAGUGACAGUAAAAAUAUACAGCGUGUUUGUUUUAUUACUAUUUGUAUAGUAUUUUUCGGGUUAUUUUAAAAAUUAAAUUGUUUUUAAAUUUAAUAUAAAUUGACCAACUCUUAAGGAUGAUUUUCACUAAUUAUCCCUUUUCGUACCAGAUAAUACAUAUCCUAAGAAAGUAUUUGAACAUUACUCGACUUCAGAAGCAAAUAAUAUAGAUUAAUAGCUGAUUUUUCAUAAGAAUAAUAUAAUAAAAUACGACCGAAUUAAAAUUACCGAAGUAUGAAUAAAUCAAUUCGAAUGCAGCUCAUUCUCAUAUUUAGUCGGAUUAUAAAAGCCAUAACCGAUUUAAUAGACCCAUAAUAAAGGUAAUAUUAAUAUAUAUGAUCGGUCCAUGUAAAUUGGUUGUAUUAUCGCAGUUUGUACGUAAACAUAUAAUAAUAUAUCAAGAGCCUUUUUUUUGUCAGGAGGAAAUCACCGGACUUCCGCCCUCCACUGGGGAUGGAGGGCGGGGUAUGUCGGAGUUGAACCGACUAAAACCUCCUGUCGCUCAACAACCAGCAUCCAAACCUCAGAAGUCUGAGUUCUGUCAGAAUCAAGAAAUUCCGUAACGAAAAUAAAACCUAACACCCCCCACUCCGCCUACCAUGUAGCUCGCGUUCAACACAUUCUCACGUUGCACUUGUGUAGUGUUUGUGAAUAAGCGCGCGGCGUGAUGUCGCACUGCAUGCGCAUUGUGAAAAGUCAGUCCAUCUCUCUCUCUCGCGCGCUCUAGCUUACGAGUGUGAAGGGGACAGUUAAUGUUUUGCUUUUGUUAAUGUUUAUAAAUAUAGCGUGGUCUUAUUUUAUUAUUGUUUUAAUAUUAAAUUAUUAUUGUCUAAUUAUAAUUGCAUAAGUUGAUAAAAAAUGCUAUGCAAUAGCUUUACCGCGGCAGUCCCCGAGUGCCACCCGUGUUUUUUUUAUGUGAAACAUCUAUAGCCGCACGUAAAACCGAUUUUUGGCGUGGCGACGCGUCGCCAUGCACAAUCGACUGUGCGAUUCUCUCCCACUCGAUCCGGCGCUAAGCCAUCUCUCUCACUACACUGAGCUCGGAUACCUGUAGUGUAUACUCCGUAGUGUAUACAGUGUUGUUUACUACAGUACACAUAACGUGUGUUUUAUUUGAAAACAAAUUAUUUUUUCGUAAUAUUUUAUUUUAUCAUUAUGACAUAUUUAGUUCCUAUCACAAUCUGUUAUUUUCUGCAUAUUACUUUUACAAAAUAAUGUCGAUGUUUCCCAUCUGCCAGGCGUCCCGUGACGGCUCACAUUUUUUUUUAUAAAAUACUUACCUACUUGACAAGUCUUCACGAAGGACCUCCACGAUGAAGAUGUCAAAAAUCAAACCUAUAAUAAAAAUAAUUGGUAAUUUGUUUAACCAAUAACACCUGAUAUUAAGUUUACCUAUUAGCCAUAUUCGAAUGGAAAUAAAUCUACUUAUACGCAAUAUGUUGUGUGAAUGUGAGUGAAUGCCAUAUGAAAAAUUGUCCAAUCGUAAUCUUAACGCUAAAAUCGUAUCGACGCUUGAAAGGCAAACGUGACUAAGCGACAAUAACUGCUUUUUAUAUAAAUGAUAGGCAAUAACCAUAUUCGAUGCGCAAAAAAAAAUAUAUAUCUAGGUCUAUUAAAAUCAUUUCAAUCCUACAGCUAGAUUCAAUAAAUUAGAAUUUUUUUCAGGUAUUUCUCAGGUUUUUCCUGGUGGUAGGACCUCUUGUGAGUCCGCGCGGGUAGGUACCACCACCCCGCCUAUUUCUGCCGUGAAGCAGUAAUGCGUUUCGGUUUGAAGGGUGGGGCAGCCGUUGUAACUAUACUGAGACCUUAGAACUUAUAUCUCAAGGUGGGUGGCGCAUUUACAUUGUAGAUGUCCAUGGGCUCCAGUAACCACUUAACACCAGGUAGGCUGUGAGCUCGUCCACCCAUCUAAGCAAUAAAAAAAAAAGAUAUAUUUUAAAUUAAUUUCAACUUUAAAUUAGUCUACUGUAAAGUUCACGCAUUGUCGUUUAGUCACGUUUGCCUUUCAAGCGUAGGUAUAAAUCAAUCGAAAGCAAUUCUAAUUUCAUUAUGAAACUGUGAUAAGUGGCCUUUUCGUAUGCGUCACUUUGUUUUUAGCGAUAGCUCUACAAACGUAGUAAUUGUUAAUCGGUUUAAGAAUUUCUAUACGAUAUAGAUGAAUUAGAUUUCGUAUUUCGCAAGAACGAUCGUUCGUUUAUCGUUUUGAUAUCGUAAUGUCGGCUCCAUCGACGUAGAGCAAUUUAAUAAAAAAAGGGAGUUUGAAAAAUAUUAAUCUUCAAGUAGAUGUGUAUUAUCUAUACUAAUAUUAUAAAGAAGAAAGAUUUGUUUCUUUGUUUGUAUUGAAUAGGCUCCGAAACUACUGAACCGAUUUGAAAAAUUCUUUCACUGUUUGGAAGCUACGUUAUUCUCGAGUGACAUAGGCUAUAAUCUUUUUUGAAAAAAAUUAGGGAUCCUUACCAAAACUCCAAUAAUGUAACCCAAGGUGUAAAGAAAUUACCUAAAAUAUUCUUUACAUCGCGUGCCCUGCGAAAACUAUUGAUGAUAGAAUAAAAUAAUUUACUAUUAUACAACUUUGUAGAACACGUUAUUAUUUACAAAAAGUGUCGCGACAGCAAAUGUCUAACUAUUGUAGUUAUGCCGCAAUAAGUGUUAUUUAUUUAAAAAAAUAAAACAACCUCAUAUAUCGUUGAAAUUUUUGUUAAAGACCCGAGCGGAGCCGGAGCGGGCCGCUAGUAUUACAAUAAAGACGUACUAUCGCAUGUGGUAGUGGUGUAUUAACAUUAUUAUUGACUUCGGUGUAGCUUUUUUUUUAAGGGAUUUUAUGACCUGGUAAUUGAGACCUUUAAGUCAUGUCUUAUUUUAAUUUAUAUUCAUAUUUUUAUGAAAAAUUAUAUUAUGGAGUGAAAUGAAAUGAAGAUGAUUAAUUUGAAACAUUAAUCAACUGGGAUGAAUUUCAAUGAAAUGAAAUGAGAUGAUAUGGGAUGAAAUAUAAUCUCAGUAAAAUGGUGGUUAUUUACUAAGAUUUUUUCAGUGGACUUUUUGGAGGAUCCCGAGAAGUUACGUCCAGCGGCUUUGUUUCAUUUUCCCACAUUUGUGCACUUUCAUAGAUAUUAAACAGUUAAUAAACCACUAUUAUUACACAUUUAAACCCGAAGAAACACUAAAUAGACAAAAUAAAACAAAUCACACAACUUCACUCCUCGCGUUCUCCCGCCAAAAAGUCCUCAGUGUAGCUAGCUCAAUUUUUUUUAUCUGUGUGCUUAGGUCGAGUAUUUUAACGUUCUCGAUAGCGUAAAAGUUAACUUGAAUUUGUGUGAAGUUGGAACAGCGCCCCUAGCGGCAAACGUAGGGAAACUUUUAUGCGAUCGAAAAGUAAAAAAAACUCUCACUAAGCACACUGUUGUUAUGAAUAAAGUUCCUACUCUGUUAACUGUUAUUGUAAGAUUUCGAAGCGAUAAACGAUCGGAAGUUUCUAGAAGCUAUUAAAAUGAGAUAAGCGUACCUACUUCUAUUUAUCCGUUUGAUAAUUUAGUAACUUAAAUUUGUUAUGUUAACUAAAUACUAAGAUUGAUUGAGACGUGUAACAAAAUUUUUAAUAAAUUGAUAAUUAAAAAAGAAUAUUGUUAAACGAAUUAUUUCGUGACUCAA